AUUCUGAUUCCGAAACCCGAAACCCGAAACCAAAAAAAAAAAAAAAUGUUCCCUCAGUUCGGAGCCACGGCGGAGACUCUAAGCAAAGCGUCGUCUAUGGUGUUCCGAAUCGGCACCGACGCUCAUCUCUACGACGAUCCCGAAGACGUCAACAUCGCUCCUCUCCUCGACAGCAAGUUCGACUCCGAGAAAUGCGAAGCUCUGAAGCGAUUGCUCGCUCUCAUUGCUCAAGGCUUCGACGUCUCCAAUUUCUUCCCUCAGGUCGUUAAGAACGUGGCAACUCAAUCGCUGGAAGUGAAAAAGCUGGUUUACUUGUAUCUACUACAUUACGCUGAGAAGCGUCCGAAUGAAGCGUUGCUAUCUAUUAAUUGUUUCCAGAAGGAUUUGGGGGAUCCGAACGCGUUGGUGAGGGCGUGGGCGCUUCGUGCCAUGGCCGGAAUUCGUCUCCAUGUAAUUUCAUCUCUUGUUUUGGUAGCUGUGGGGAAAUGUGCUAGAGAUCCUUCUGUUUACGUUAGAAAAUCCGCGGCCAAUGCGCUUCCUAAGCUGUAUGAUCUGCGCUUAGAGGAACAUACCUCUGCAAUCGAAGAGAUUGUUGGAAUAUUGUUAAAUGACCAAUCACCUGGAGUGGUUGGAGCUGCAGCUGCUGCAUUUGCUUCGAUUUGUCCGAGUAAUUUUUCUCUCAUUGAGCGGAAUUAUCAAAGGUUAUGUGAGAUUCUUCCCGAUGUGGAAGAGUGGGGUCAGAUAAUCUUAAUUGGGAUCCUUUUGCGCUUUGUGAUAGCUAGGCAUGGGCUUGUUGAAGAAUCUAUUAUGUUUUCUUUGCGUAGUACAAAGAGUGGCGAGUCUGAAAAGAAUGGUGAAGCUACCAAUAUUUCAAAUAAAGAAGACACUGGAUAUGCGAGUGGGAAUGAUGAUUUUGGAUUAGGUGCUGACGUGAGUGGAAAUAUUGACUUGGAGUUAGCAAAGAUGGUGUCCAGGUGUUAUAUUGAAGGGCCGGAUGAAUACUUAUCUCGAUUAAGUUAUGCAAACAUGGGUCCUUCAGAACUGAAUGUUGCACAAUUUACUUCUGGAAAAAGGAAUGACGAUGUAAAGAUCCUGCUGCAGUGUACAUCCCCAUUGUUGUGGAGUCAUAACAGUGCAGUGGUACUUGCAGCUGCUGGUGUACACUGGAUAAUGGCACCGAGGGAGAAUAUCAAGAAAAUUGUCAAACCACUUUUGUUUCUUUUGAGAUCAUCCAAUGCCUCAAAAUAUGUGGUCCUAUGCAACAUUCAAGUCUUUGCCAAAGCAAUGCCCUUUCUCUUUGCUCCGCACUUUGAAGACUUCUUCAUAUGUUCUUCAGAUUCAUAUCAAAUAAAAACUUUGAAGCUUGAGAUACUCUCAUCCAUUGUUACAGAAUCAACCAUUGCAUUUGUUUUUAAAGAGUUUCAGGAUUACAUUAGAGAUCCAGACAGGAGAUUUGCUGCAGAUACUGUUGCUGCUAUUGGUUUAUGUUCACAAAGACUUCCCGAUAUGGCGACCACAUGCUUGGAAGGGCUGUUGGCCCUGACUAGACAGGAAUUUUUGUCUAGUGACUUUGGAUCAGUGGAUGGAGAAGCGGAUGUUUUAAUUCAAGCAAUAAUGUCAAUUCAAUCAAUCAUAAAGCAAGAUCCACCCAGUCAUGAGAAGGUUAUAAUUCAGCUGAUUCGUAGUUUGGAUUCAGUCAAGGUACCUGCAGCCCGUGCAAUCAUUAUUUGGAUGGUAGGGGAGUAUAGCUCCUUGGGGGAGACAAUACCAAGGACAUUAUCCACAGUACUGCAGUAUCUUGCUUGGCACUUCACCUCAGAAGCAUUAGAAACAAAGCUUCAGAUACUUAAUUCCAUUGUGAAGGUCUUAUUAUGUGCAGAAGGGCAAGACAUUCAGAGCUUCAAAAGAGUUCUAAAUUAUGUGCUUGAACUAGCUGAGUGUGACUUGAACUAUGAUGUUCGUGACCGUGCACGUUUUCUUAGGAAAAUUUUGUCAAGCAAUUUAGACUCUCAAGGAUUAGAGGAAGAUACAAAUAUUCUAUCCCCAAAUAAGGACCUGGCAUAUGUACUUUCAGGACACAUAUUUGGGGGACAGACAAAAUCAUCAUCACCUGAACCCAUAAACUACCGAUUUUAUCUUCCUGGUUCUCUUUCACAGAUAGUUCUCCAUGCAGCCCCAGGGUAUGAACCCCUCCCAAAGCCUUGUAGUUUGCUACGAGUUGACAAUGUGGAUCGAGGAACCAAUGGCUUGGAAAGAGCCAGAAAUAGUGACUCCUUCAACACAGAUGAAACUGACUCAUUAUCUGGGUCUUUAGAUGAGGAAGGUGCUUCAGAUUAUGGUUCUGAACAUUCUAUUUCUGGCUCAAAUGUCAGUGGUGGCAGUAAUGAGACUGGUUCUGCAAGUGAAGGUGAUGACAACACUGAUCCACUGAUUCAGAUUUCAGAUGUUGGCAAUGCUUUUGAAAAUCAGCAUGGAGUUUCUCAUUCUGGCUCUGCUGAUUUGGGAGAAUUGAUAUCAAAGAGGGCUCUUGAAUCCUGGUUGGAUGACCAACCCAAUUCAUCUAAUACAAGUACAUCAGAACAAAGUCAAGUCCGUGUAUCUACAGCAAGAAUCUUCAUCGGGGAUAUUCGGCACCGAGUUAAAACUAAGAGCUACACACUCUUAGAUCCUGCAAAUGGAAACGGCUUGAAGGUGGAUUAUUCAUUUUCAGCUGAAGUUUCAACCAUAUCCCCACAUCUUGUAUCUGUAGAAGUUUUCUUCAAAAAUUGUUCAUCAGAACCCAUGUCAGACAUACUUUUAGAAGAUGAGGAAUCAAACAAAGACUCCAAUUCUGCCGAUCAAACAUUGGUUGCUACUGACAGCUCCUUGACGUCCCAUAAUAACGUACCAAUUCUUGUUCCCAUGGAAGAGAUCACUUAUCUGGAACCUGGUCAGACAGCAAAGAGGAUUAUCCAGGUUCGCUUCCAUCAUCAUCUAUUGCCUCUGAAGCUGACCUUGUUUUGUAAUGGCAAUAAUCUUCCUGUAAAGUUGCGGCCAGACAUUGGUUAUUUUGUAAAACCACUUCCAAUGAAUAUUGAAGCCUUCACUGAUAAGGAAUCUCGUCUCCCAGGAAUGUUUGAAUAUGUUAGGAGUUGUACUUUCACUGACCACAUUGGGGAGCUAAACAAGGAUAAGGGCGACAACCUAGUAGUAAAAGACAACUUUCUAGUAAUCUGCCAGUGCCUAGCCUUAAAGAUGCUUGGCAAUGCAAAUCUUUUUCUUGUAUCCGUGGAUAUGCCAGUUUCUACCAACCUUGAUGAUGCAUCCGGUUUACGUUUACGAUUCAGUAGUGAGAUCUUGAGCAACUCAAUCCCUUGCUUGAUUACCAUCACUGUUGAAGGAAAAUGCAACGAUCCAUUGCAAGUGUCUGUAAAAGUCAACUGUGAGGAAACUGUAUUCGGCUUAAAUCUGUUGAACAGAGUUGUAAAUUUCUUAGCUGAAUCCUCUCUUGUCCCCCUGUAAUUGGUUGCAUUGGAAUGUGGGAUUAUUGAUCAUCAAGUUUGGGAAGAAAACUGGUGAAUACUCAAAGAAAUUGAUUCAUUGUCUUAAAAAUGUAGUUGAAUUUGUUAUUUCAUAGCAGUUCUUUUAAACAAUCUUGGCCUUUUUCUUUUGUUUUUGCUUUUAAAAAAGUUUGUGUGUAUAAGCUUAAGCAAUUUUGUAUUUUUUAUGUUAUCCCCGUAAAGAAUAGCCAAAGCGAAACCUUUGUAUUUUUUUAUUAAUUAACACUGCCUCGGGCAUCUAAGUUCUUGUUCAGAGGCUUUAUUUAUUUAUUUAUUUGAUGCUUCUAGUUUGUACUAA